AUUUACAGUGAAAACUUGAUUUCUUUCAGCUAAAACUAUAAACUCAUCUCUCCGCCUACAUUUCCCACAAUCCCUCUGUGCCGGAGAGCAGCGGGCAGCUCCACGUGCUCGGGGAUUUAAACAGGCGUCUACACACCGAGCAGAGAGGGGAGGGGCGGGAAACUGUGUCACUGGGGCACGAGGCUCUCCCCGCGGUCACAUGGUCCCGUUUUCUGCCGCGUGCGGGCACGGCGGCCCCCCGCGCAUUCACGUCAUCAUCCCGCAGGGUGGCUGCGCGCGCGCGAGAGAGAAGCGGACUCGUAGUGCAGCAGACAGACAUCACUUCUGUUAAAGUCACUCACAGAGGAAAAACAGAUAAUGGAGUCAGAGUAGAAACACUUCUUCUUCUUCUGCGGGUUUUAUUCCGCGCGCUUUUCUACUUUUUCCCGUCUGUGAUGCGUUUUGAGGAGCAGAAAAUAUUCCGGAUUUUUACAAAACGCUCUCGUGCAUGACUCUGUUGCAGCUCAGGAUGACGACUACUGCCAUGGAUACAAACAACAACAACAAUAACAACAACACCACAGGAGGUGUGAUCUCCUACGUGGGUUCCUGUGGAGGUUCUCCGACCCCGACCAGUCCGGUCUCCAUGUACAGCGACAACUCCAACUCCCAGCCCUGUUUCACCUCCUCCUCCUCCUCCUCCUCCUCCUCCUCCUCCUCCUCCUCCUCCUCCUCCUUCCUCAGCAGCGGAGGCUCCAGUUCAGGCUCUGCAGGAGACGACGGCUCCUCCUCGGCCUCCUCCUCGGACGGAGGUUCACCUCGAGGCCGAGAUGACGGCGGCUCUCUGAGGGCGUCACCCAGCAAGUCUGUGGCCAGUUUGACCAAGCUGAACGGCAUGGUGUUGCUGUGUAAGGUUUGUGGGGACGUGGCUUCAGGUUUUCAUUAUGGUGUUCACGCCUGCGAAGGCUGCAAGGGUUUCUUCCGUCGCAGCAUCCAGCAGAACAUCCAGUACAAGAAGUGUCUGAAGAACGAGAGCUGCAUCAUCAUGAGGAUCAACAGGAACCGCUGCCAGCAGUGUCGCUUCAAGAAGUGCCUGUCUGUGGGCAUGAGCCGAGACGCGGUUCGUUUCGGGCGGAUCCCGAAGCGUGAGAAGCAGAGGAUGCUGGCUGAGAUGCAGAGCGCCAUGAACAACAUGGUCAACAACCAGCUGCAGAGCGACUUCCAGCUCGCCAGCCUCUCCUCUUCCUCCUCCAACUCCUCCUCCUCCUCCUCCUCCCCGUGCCCAGCGAUGACCAUCACCCCACAGCCUCCAGCCCUGCUGCCCUCCCCCUCUCCUCCCGCCCCCGCCUCCUCCUCCUCACCCCCUCCUCCUCUUCCUCCUCCCCCCUGUCAGAGCCCCUCCCCCUCAUCCUCACCCCCCCCCAGCCCUGGGAUGGACUCCACCAUCGGCGCCAUCACCCGCGCUUACCGCGAGACCUUCCUGUACGCUCACGACAAGCUGACCAAUCCCCACGCGCCACCUCAGGAGCAGCAUCACAAUAACCACGCCCACCACCACAACGGGGAGGCGGAGCACUGGGGCCCCAACCGAUGCCCCAACGGUUUCCAUGCCGACGGCCUCAACACCAUCUUCCACCAUAACAACAACCUGGGGACCGGGCACUACCUGCCGCCGGACAACAGCCAAAACAUCACGCAUCAUCACCAUGGCUACAGGAGGCGGAGCUCGCACAACAGUAACCUGGUUGGGGGAGACGGUCUUGGUGAUCAUGUGACCCAGGGGCAGACCUGUCCAAUGAGGAACCGCUCAGACAUAAUGCUGGCCUGUCCAAUGAACAUGCAGCCUCACGCCGACCCCUCCAAGAGCCCCCAGGAGAUCUGGGAGGACUUCUCGCUGUCCUUCACCCCCGCCGUCAAGGAGGUGGUGGAGUUCGCCAAACACAUCCCAGGAUUCAGCUCUCUGACGCAGAACGACCAGGUCACCCUGCUCAAGGCCGGCACCUUCGAGGUGCUGAUGGUGCGCUUUUCCUCCCUGUUCAACGUGAAGGAGCAGACGGUGACCUUCAUCUCCGGCGCCACCUACAGCCUGGAGGAGCUGCGGGCGAUGGGCAUGAGCGAGAUGCUGGGAGCCAUGUUCGACUUCAGCCACAAACUGGCGACGCUGGAGCUGAGCUCUGAGGAGCUGGGGCUGUUCACCGCCGUGGUGCUGGUGUCUGCAGACCGCUCCGGGAUCGAGAGCGUGUUGUCGGUGGAGCAGCUGCAGGAGAACCUGAUCAGAGCGCUGCGCUCGCUGGUCAACAAGUCGACCGUCGCCCCCGGCAACAACCAUCACAACAUGGACUCACCGCGCUUCACCAAACUGCUGCUGAAGCUGCCCGACCUGCGGACGCUCAACAACAUGCACUCCGAGAAGCUGCUGUCCUUCCGCAUCGACGCCUGAUGACGUCACCGAUGACGUCUCUCGUCAAGGCCGGCUUCCUGCGCUCGCUGAUGACGCCGUAACAUGGAGCUCUCCAUCGCCGUGACGAUAGCUCAUCCCAACAUCAUCCGAACAUGCUGAUGAUUUCAUCGCCGCCAAUAUGCCGCUCUGACACGUACGGCAGCGUCAUAAAUACUGGCGUGGUGAUGAUGUCAUCAGCACACAGUUUGCAGCCAAAAUAUGAGUCUUACAGGGUGGAUUCUUUGCCAGCUGAGUAACGGAACAGUCAGACUGUUUUACCCAGAGACCGACAUUAAUAAAAUGUAUAGAGCUAGCUUAGCACAAAGACUGGAAGCAGAGGGAAACUGUUAGCUUAGCCGCGUCUUUAUUCCACAACGACCCCUGAGGAAUUUAUACAGUAUAACAGUUUCAUACAUGUAUGUAAAAAUAUGGAAAUAAAGUUGUUGUGCAGUAAUGGACCAAGCUAGGCUAAACAUGGACCUUUUUUUGUUUUUGUAGCUACCAAAACAUCAGCUAGCUAAAUGUUGGAUUUGCUAACUGACUGUAGCUACUACAGCUAACUAUAAAUAGCUCACAUACUCAACAUUAUGUUAGCUGCUUAUAGCUACACUGGCUAGUUAACAUGACAGUCUUUGUGCUAAGCUAGGCUAAACAAAUCCUGCUAAACACAACAUGUUUUUGUUGUCAAACAGUUUUUAACACAGCUAAUGAGCUACGAUAGCUUAGCUUCCUCCAUUUUAGACUCUCUGGCUCACUGUUCCGGCUCGCUAUUGGUGCUAAUUCAUGUGUCAAAGUUCACCAAACUAGAGAGAUUCACUUUACCUCCGUG